ACAGAUGCCAAUAAAUUGGAUGUGGAUAUUGGUUUAGUAUACUCACUAGGCCCUGGGUUCCCUGACUACAAAAUCGACAGUCCUGAAGCUCAGACCGCCAUACAAGAGUUGAUGCAGUAUUUAAUGCAACGCAUAGAGAAACGCAAAAUAUUGUGUGCUGACUUGGAGACUCGAUGCGAUAACUUCCGCUCACAUUUGAUGCAAAUGGAACGGGAAAACCUACAGUUGCGUACUGAAUUGGCGUCACUAAAGACAGUCUAUAAACAGGAACGCGAACGAAUGUUGGCAAUGGAAAAUAAGUUACGUGUUCACGAAAGUUCUAUCGACGAACUGAACAAUAAACUAGGUAAUCGGGAAAGGCAGAUUGACGAACUUUCGCGAAAGUUAAGGGAUCAGCAAAAUAUGCUAACUCAAAAGGAGCAAGAGAAGGAGAAACAGAAAAAGAAAUUUACAUCCAAGCUAGCUGUUGAAGUAGACAAAAAGGACCGUGAAUUGGAAAUCAGGUUACGUGAACAACGCGAUAAAAUGCGCGAAAAGAUGCGUGUGCGGGAUGAGAAGCUACGACUCGUGUCAGACAUUAUACAAUCGGAAGAUAUUCCUAGUAUGGUACGGCGGAAUAGUAAUGAAAAUGGCUUCGAUGAUAAGAUGGCCAUUGCAGAGCCGCCAUCGACUAAUCGUGCUGAGUCCACACAAAUAAAUAGUGCGCGGACUGAGCUGUAUUCGACGCCGCGUCAUGUUAGGGGAAUGGCAGCAGCAAACAAUAGGCACCGGCGUUCACGUUCAGCUGGUGAGAAGUGGAUCGAACAUCGUGCCCCUAACCCUGUACCUCUCGGCACUAUUCUGCAACCAUAUCUUAAAAAUCGUAAAUCGAUCACCAAGCUAACUGAUGCCAAAGAGCUUACCAAUCACAAGAACACAAAAUAUUGUCUGGUUUCUCAGGAGGCAGACACCGAUGGCGAUGUCGAAACUAAGCUCUACAAAGGUAAUGUCAUUCCAACAUGUGGUGGUGGUGCUCAAGUGGUAUUUGAUGAUGUAGAGUGUUUGAAGCAAAAGUCUCCAGUGACUUCGCCAAAUCGCAAACGUCCAAGUAAUGGUGGAAUGACCUUAAGUGGUUUGGGUGGCGGUGCUACUUCUUCGGCGCUGUCAGCAGCAGCAUUCAGCGGCGGAACAUCUGCAGCCCAAGACUUAGCAUCGCGUUGUAAUGUUGGCAUCGAGGGUCAUAACAACAAACGCACCAAGGUGUAGGAAUGGCAAGAGGCGGACGCUGAUCCGAUUAUCAUGAUGUAAGAGUGUCAAGAAAGCGGUCCAAUUUGUAUUAAAUUUAUUUUUACGUUUUUUAACAAUU